GGAGCAUGGGAUUGUUUAAAUAUCGCGGCGGCAGGAAACCCGCAGCAGUCGAGCGGAUUGAAUUUGCGUUGUUGUAUGUCAAGAGCCAAGCUUCGAAUUAAUUCAAUAAUAACGUUUGAAAUACCCGAGGAAAUACCAUGUACGCGUUGGAAGAUGAUCAGUACGACGAUGAAGAUGCAGAGGAGAUAUCUUCGGAGUUGUGGCAAGAAGCUUGUUGGAUAGUGAUCAAUGCCUAUUUCGAUGAAAAGGGUUUGGUCAGACAGCAGCUCGACAGUUUCGAUGAAUUUAUUCAGAUGUCCGUACAGAGGAUAGUCGAAGACUCCCCACAAAUAGACCUGCAAGCAGAGGCACGGCACACUACAGGUGAACCAGAAAUCCCUGUUCGACAUUUGCUCAAGUUUGAACAAAUCUAUCUAUCCAAACCCACCCAUUGGGAAAAAGAUGGAGCGCCUUCACCUAUGAUGCCAAACGAGGCCAGGCUAAGAAAUUUAACUUAUUCCGCACCUUUGUAUGUGGAUAUUACUAAAACUAUUGUCAAAGAUGGAGAGGAUCCCAUUGAAACACAGCAUCAAAAAACGUUUAUUGGAAAGAUUCCGAUCAUGUUGCGAUCUACUUACUGUUUGCUGUCCGGUUUGACUGAUCGUGAUUUAACUGAGUUGAACGAAUGCCCCCUGGACCCGGGUGGUUAUUUUAUUAUAAAUGGAUCAGAAAAAGUUCUUAUUGCCCAAGAAAAAAUGGCAACGAAUACAGUGUAUGUAUUUAGUAUGAAAGAUGGAAAGUACGCAUACAAAGCAGAAAUUCGAUCCUGUCUGGAACAUAGUUCGCGACCAACUUCUACUCUAUGGGUGAACAUGAUGGCAAAGAGCGGUGCUAGUAUCAAGAAAUCAGCUAUUGGUCAACGAAUCAUAGCAAUUCUUCCAUAUAUCAAACAAGAAAUUCCAAUAAUGAUCGUAUUCAGAGCACUGGGAUUCGUAGCCGACAGAGACAUCCUCGAACAUAUUAUUUAUGAUUUCGAUGAUCCAGAAAUGAUGGAGAUGGUUAAGCCAUCGCUCGACGAGGCUUUUGUUAUUCAAGAGCAAAAUGUUGCCUUAAAUUUCAUCGGUACAAGAGGAGCAAGACCCGGUGUGACAAAAGAAAAACGUAUAAAAUAUGCUAGAGAAAUUCUACAGAAAGAAAUGUUGCCUCACGUUGGCAUCAGCGAUUUCUGUGAAACAAAAAAAGCGUAUUUUCUCGGUUACAUGGUACACAGACUGCUAUCUGCGUCGCUUGGCCGAAGAGAACUUGACGAUCGAGAUCACUACGGAAAUAAAAGAUUGGAUUUAGCCGGACCUUUGCUCGCUUUCCUGUUUCGUGGAUUAUUCAAAAACCUCAUGAAAGAGGUGAGAUUAUACGCACAAAAGUUCAUCGACAGAGGAAAAGAUUUUAAUUUGGAGCUGGCGAUCAAAACUAAGAUAAUUACCGAUGGUCUGAGGUAUUCUUUGGCUACUGGAAACUGGGGAGAUCAGAAGAAGGCACAUCAAGCAAGAGCUGGUGUUUCUCAGGUCUUGAACAGACUAACUUUCGCCUCGACUUUAUCGCAUUUAAGACGUGUCAAUUCUCCCAUCGGUCGCGAUGGUAAACUGGCAAAACCUCGUCAGCUGCACAAUACAUUAUGGGGAAUGUUGUGCCCCGCAGAAACACCAGAAGGUGCAGCUGUCGGGUUGGUGAAAAACCUGGCGUUAAUGGCCUAUAUCAGUGUCGGUUCUCAACCUUCGCCGAUUCUAGAGUUCUUAGAAGAAUGGUCGAUGGAAAAUUUGGAGGAAAUCGCACCUAGUGCUAUUGCCGAUGCCACUAAAAUAUUCGUCAAUGGUUGCUGGGUAGGAAUACACAGAGAUCCCGAACAACUCAUGGCUACACUCAGAAAACUCAGAAGACAAAUGGACAUCAUUGUAUCAGAAGUAUCUAUGAUCAGAGAUAUCAGAGAUAGAGAAAUCAGAAUUUAUACAGACGCCGGUCGCAUUUGCAGACCUCUUUUGAUCGUCGAGAGUCAAAACUUACUGCUGAAAAAACGACAUAUCGAUAUGCUUAAGGAAAGAGAUUACAACAACUACGGUUGGCAAGUAUUAGUGGCUAGUGGGGUUGUCGAAUACAUCGAUACACUCGAAGAAGAGACUGUGAUGAUUGCGAUGUCACCAGAGGAUCUUAGACAAGAAAAAGAAUAUGCUUACUGCACAACGUACACGCAUUGUGAAAUUCAUCCCGCCAUGAUCCUCGGGGUCUGUGCGUCCAUCAUUCCAUUCCCUGAUCAUAAUCAAAGUCCCAGAAACACCUACCAAAGUGCUAUGGGAAAACAAGCCAUGGGUGUCUACAUUACAAACUUCCACGUUCGGAUGGACACUUUGGCCCAUGUAUUAUAUUAUCCUCAUAAACCUCUGGUGACUACGAGAUCCAUGGAAUAUUUACGUUUCCGAGAAUUACCCGCUGGAAUCAACAGUAUCGUAGCUAUUCUAUGUUACACUGGAUAUAAUCAAGAAGACAGUGUUAUUUUGAACGCCAGUGCCGUCGAAAGAGGAUUCUUCAGAUCUGUUUUUUACCGUUCUUACAAAGACUCUGAAUCAAAGAGGAUCGGAGAUCAAGAAGAACAGUUUGAAAAACCCACGAGACAAACGUGUCAAGGUAUGAGAAAUGCCAUUUACGACAAGCUCGACGACGACGGUAUUAUAGCACCUGGAAUUCGUGUGUCUGGGGAUGAUGUUGUCAUCGGUAAAACGAUCACACUUCCGGAGACGGAUGACGAGCUUGAAAGUGCAACGAAACGUUUUACAAAAAGAGACGCUUCCACUUUUUUGCGUAACAGUGAAACUGGAAUCGUCGAUCAGGUCAUGUUAACGUUGAAUAGCGAAGGUUACAAAUUCUGCAAGAUCCGAGUGCGCAGUGUUCGAAUACCACAGAUCGGCGAUAAAUUCGCCUCUCGUCACGGACAGAAAGGUACCUGCGGUAUCCAGUACAGACAGGAAGACAUGCCGUUUUCCUGCGAAGGAUUAACACCCGACAUUAUAAUCAACCCUCACGCCAUUCCGUCCCGUAUGACAAUUGGUCACUUGAUCGAAUGUAUCCAAGGAAAGGUGUCGGCGAAUAAGGGUGAAAUCGGCGAUGCAACACCAUUCAACGACGCUGUAAACGUGCAAAAAAUAUCCACACUUCUUCAAGAGUACGGAUAUCAGUUGAGAGGGAAUGAGGUGAUGUACAAUGGGCACACGGGUCGUAAAAUUAACGCCCAGGUCUUCCUCGGGCCCACUUAUUACCAGCGUUUGAAGCACAUGGUGGACGAUAAAAUUCACAGCAGAGCUAGAGGACCGGUACAAAUUUUGGUGAGGCAACCUAUGGAGGGUAGAGCCAGGGACGGCGGGCUACGUUUCGGUGAGAUGGAACGUGAUUGUCAAAUUUCACACGGUGCCGCUCAAUUCCUUAGAGAGCGUCUAUUCGAAGUAUCAGAUCCAUACAGAAUUCACAUAUGCAAUUUUUGCGGCCUGAUAGCCAUUGCAAAUCUCAGGAAUAACACCUUCGAAUGCAAAGGCUGUAAAAAUAAGACACAGAUAUCGCAAAUUCGGUUACCAUACGCUGCUAAAUUAUUAUUCCAAGAACUGAUGGCCAUGAAUAUAGCUCCACGACUCAUGGUCAUUUGAAAGACCGAGCUUCCAUGGAUUCUAUGGUCUUUCAAGCUCUGGUUUAAGCCGUCCGUUGACAAUGCGACGCAGUGAUUCUAUCCCAAUUUUUUCUACAUCGGGUUAAGAAUUCUUCCGAUGAUAAUAGUUGACGGUUUUCAAUUAAAUAUUGUAAUUAUUGAAUCAAUGGAUUUCUGAAAAAACGUAAAACGCCCUCAGUGAUAAGAACAAUUUUUAACUUAGAUAUCCUGCAUUGAGCACGGAUACAUAUUUCUUCUUUUUCUUCUUUUUAACACUUGAAGUAUACAGAAAUGGUUUUUUUGACUCCUAUUUAUAAAUUGUGUAAAAUUAAAUAAAUAGAACAGUAAAUUAAUCAUUGAUAGCAACUGAUGAGAAUUUUUACUCGUUUCAUCGGAUUCAACUGAUUUGAAAUUUAUCUCACGAUGACUAUAACUGCAGAAAGAUCUUAUCUGAAUGUACUAUCAAUAGAAUAUCUUUUCAAGAGUGCUGAUAAGCCACCAAACUAUUGAAAAUGUUUUAUUAUCGCUAUUAAAUGCCUUAGUUUUCCAUCAGCUAAAGAAUCGUGACCAUCCUUUGCUAAAUUUUAUCCGCCUAAAAAUAAGAGACGUUAAAUGAACGAGCGUGCAGUUAAAGGUGUACACGUAAUUAUUUACAUGUUUCUUAGCACGUAUGCGAUGAUUGAUGAUUGCAACGAGAUUCAAUAGGAUUAAAUUAAGAAGAUUAAUUUUAUCGUUACGCAAGGAUAUCGAACAAAGUAAUUGACCUAAUCGGCUUUGCAUAAAGGGAGAGCUUGUUUUUGAAUCAACAAAAACACCGAUGACUGGUAAAAUUUCAAAAAGUUAUUCCUCGUCUCCGCGCUUACUGGAUGUACAAAGUUAUAGAUUGCCGGUGUAGAACAUUUAUUGCGAUCGGUGAUUACUUAUCAAUAUCGAAUAUUGUAGAACGGUAUCAGAAGCAGAAGAACCUUCCUGAAACAAAUUACUUACUGAUAUAUUUUUGGUGAGGAGAUUUAUUUUCCACACAAGUAUCAAAAAUGUCGGCGAGAAAAUUUUUCUCCGACUUGUUUGGUAACAAAAAUCAAAUUGAGAUAACAACUGUGAUUGACGACCAAAGUGUAAAUCGCCGAUUGUCAGUUUCAAAUUCCGGUAGAUUUCGACAGAAGAAUAACAACAGGUCUGAAAUAAAACAGGACACUUUCAGCUCUCCACCUUCAGAAACGCGGGCGCCCACUCCAGAAAAUACAAUCGAAUCAGAAUUGGAGAGGAAAAAAGCAGCGAGGAUAAAACGACAAGAAACGGAAAUAUAAAUUUUGAUAUAUAUGUAUGUGUAAUAGCGAUAGAUUUAUUAAAACCUACGACAGCACCGCAUCGUUUGCAAAAAAAAAUCUUGAAAAAAAAAGAAAUCAAGAAAAAAAGGACAAAUCUUAUCAAAUAUAAUUUAAUAUAUAAUUCUUUGAUUAUAUUUAUCUUGCAUUGUUAUAGUUUGAUAUUUAAAAAGUGAGAUACACAGAUUAUAAGCACUUGUGGAAUUCCUGAGUAUUUAUAAGUUAUUAAACUUGUGUUUGAUAAUUGUUAUGGAUUACAAACGGCAGAGAUUUAAGCUGUAAGACUGGACGAAAGUUUUCUGGUCAUUAGUUCGAUCGAACAUAAAUACCUUAACAAUA